AUGUGAUCUCUAUUUAGUAUAUGUUUCACCGUUGCUCAAUGUUCUAAACAUUUUAUGAAACCGACUACAAAUAUGGAAGAGUCUUAUAAUAGUAAAAUCAUUGAUGGAGAGGCGUCUGAAUCAGAUGAAGAAGAGAUAGAGCAGGAAAGUUUUUCUACAUUAGAUUCUAUAUCUCCUUUACAAGUUUCGCCCAGUCCUCAGGCGCUGACAAAAGUCACUUUGACACCCAAAUACAAUAGUUUACUUCAAAGAAAACUAUUUGAAAAAAAUAUGAAAUUGAGAUCAGAUAUUGUAUCUUAUAAAUGUGAAAGUUUCAUAAAAUCUGCCGAUAGAAUAAAGAAUCUUAAUGAUCAAAUCAAGUUAACAUAUGUGAAAUUGCAGGAAACCUCCCAGAAAAUGAGAUUAUCUUUAAAUGAUCUUUUGAAUACCGAAGACCAGAUUAAAGAAUGCUCAGAUACGAACUUUGGGAACUUUAAAUAA